UCCUUUUCAUUUUUCUCUCAAAAAACACCAAAACACUUUGAUGGAAAAUGAAACAACAAAGCACACACUGCUAGAAGGUAUGAUAGCCUGUCACAUACCGUCCUGAACAAAGAGUAGGAUGCGGUGCGAGUUGUAUUGCCACUACUGGAACUCUCUUGUUUGUGAACAGAUGAGCCGGUGGGGAACAGUGGGGAGCUGAUUCAGGGAUUGUUAGAGCCCAGAGAGAGUCUGCGCGUGGGGUACUAUACAACAGAGAGAGGAAAGUGCACAGCAAAGGUAAACAAGGCCUUUAAUCAAUCAGCAGAUGUUUGAAAGCAGGGAACAGUCGAGAAAAAGCAGGAUGUGAACGUAGGCAGCCAAAUUGUGUUUAGGAGGUUAUAAGUAGAGGAGCUAACUGUGCCAGGAAUAUGAAACAGACCUCAGCUGUCGCACCGGCCCCGUCUGAUCCAAUUUGUCAGACCUUGCCUUCUGUUUCUUCUCAUCGACUGCCCUCCUUGCUGCCUCUGCCUCGUUUUUUCUCUUUGGAGCCAUGCAUCCCCAGCGUCCUCUUCCUCAGGCCAUGCCCUCCUCGUCUCUGGGACAGCACCUGAGGGACAUGGCCAUGGGUCUGGGGAGAGGCAAGAACUUCCUUGGAGGAAACGUCGCCUAUGGUUUCAUCCAGUCGGCUAAGGAAUGCCUCUACUUCCUCCUCUGCUGCUGGUGCAUCAAAGAGAUCCUGGACUGACUGACUGAACGAGAGUAGAUCAAGUGGUCAAACAUUGAUUUUUUUUCCUUUUCGCCGUUGGCUCCUAUAGUGUAAUUUCAACCAGCUUUUAUUUCAUUGGGAAUGGAAUGUUUGAUCCGUGGUGCUGGCAAAGCAUUGGCAAGUAUGAGUCUUGUCUCAUAUGACAACAAACCACUUGAGCACUUAGUGAAUUUAUAUAAUGCAGUUUAUGUUUUGAGCUGUUCAAAGUGAGGUCCUCAGUUUUAGACAGGAGCAAUUUAAAUGAGGAAUAGGUGUACAACAUCAUAGAAUUAUUCAAAAUGUUAAAAUCUUUAUCUGUUUUUCAGUGUAUGUAGGAUUCUCAUCUUGGGACCUGGGAAACACAUUUCCAGAAGCUACAAAUGUUCAACAUGACACUGGGUCAAAGAUUCCUGAGUUCAACCCUGCUCAUCUGAGAACUUGAGGAUUGG